UCCUAACUUUUGCUAAAAUGAAAAAAAAUGGCGGGCAGUGAUUCUGUUAUGCUUCCUCCAUCGCCAUGAAAGAGCAAGGAUUUUCUCGGGACUCAUCGUUUUAAAGGCUCACAAAGACUAUGGCGGGUGCAGCGCUUAAGCGACUGAUGGCAGAGUACAAGCAGCUGACUGUGAAUCCACCAGAGGGCAUCAUUGCAGGUCCUUUAACAGAGGAAAAUUUCUUUGAAUGGGAGGCUUUAAUAAGUGGUCCAGAAGGAACCCCAUUUGAGGGGGGUGUUUUUACUACUAGGCUUGUGUUCCCUCCUGACUACCCCUUAAGUCCUCCAAAGAUGAGAUUUGUUGGUGAAAUGUUCCACCCAAAUGUAUACCCAGAUGGGAGGGUGUGUAUUUCCAUACUGCAUGCACCCGGAGACGACCCCAUGGGUUAUGAAAGCAGUGCGGAACGCUGGAGUCCUGUGCAGUCAGUUGAGAAGAUUCUUCUUUCAGUCAUCAGCAUGCUUGCAGAGCCAAAUGAUGAGAGUGGUGCAAAUGUUGAUGCUUCAAAAAUGUGGAGAGAAAAUAGAGACCAGUUCAAUGACAUAGCUCACCAAAUAGUGAGGAAAUCGCUUGGACUUUGAUAGAAUUUACUUAGUGUGAAUGCAACAAGGAUUAUAGAUUCGCAGUCAAUGGAAAUAAUUUUCUCUACUAGCAGAGGCCUCUUUUCCUCUCUCUUAUUCACUAGGAUGAUAUUGUUGAUGAAAAGAAAUAUAGUGAAGAGAGGUCUCUGGUUUAUGGGGACAGAACAUUCUUGAUAGGAUUUCUCUUAGGAAUUGAUGGAAAUGGGUGAAUUUUAGCUCCAAGGAUUUUUCUGUAAAAGUUGUAACUGAAUGGAGAGGGGUUAGGAUAUCUUGUGCCUCGCCUGUUCCGCAAAGCAAACUGAUUUUUAGAGCAUAAAGUUGACAUGUUCUUGUC